AUGUCUGGUUUCUUCUCACUAACCAACACAAAAUCCUCAAACCAACAAAUAACAGAACUUGAACAACAACCACCAUCCAACACCACCAAUACCACAACCGGCGCCGCCAGCAGCUUCCUCCUCUUUCGAAACGAAGAGAUCUAUUCAAACCGAGGUUUUGAACUAUGGCAUCAACAACAAUACUUUCACAGAAACAACACCAACCCUUCAUCAUCAUCCGCCGGAGUUGAUCAUCCACCGCCGCCGUACAGAUCGACGGCGGUUACCAUGAGGAGUAGCACCGGUGGUGCGGUGAAUUGUCAGGAUUGCGGUAAUCAAGCUAAGAAAGAUUGCCCUCAUCUUCGUUGCAGGACUUGUUGUAAGAGUAGAGGUCUUCAUUGUCAAACACACGUGAAGAGCACUUGGGUACCGGCGGCGAAGCGACGGGAACGUUUACAACAACUCACGGCAUUACAGAAUCAAAAUCAGCAACAGCAACAACAACAACAAUUGACUUUUAUGAGGAGUAAUGCUGAAGAUCAUUAUCAGGUUCAUCCGAAAAGACCAAGAGAUCAUAAUACUGGUUUAGAAUUGGGACACUUUCCGGCUGAGGUGAGUUCAUCUGCGGUUUUCCGAUGUGUUAGAGUUAGCAGUGUGGAUUCAACUGAAGAACAAAUUGCAUAUCAAACGGCUGUAAACAUCGGAGGUCACAUGUUCAAAGGAAUUGUCUACGAUCAAGGUCUCGAGAAUCGAUAUGGGGGUGAGAGUUCAUCUGGCGGAGGCAGCGGAGGAAGAGCUACAGAAGGUGUUAAUCAUCAUCAACAACAACAACCACUAAACCUCAUAACCGCUAGCGGCGCCACCAGCAGUUCCGGCGGAGGAGGAGGAGGAGGAGGUGGCAUAACAAUGAUUGAUCAUUCUAUUUAUCCAACUCCACUUAAUGCUUUUAUGACCGGCACUCAAUUCUUCCCUCCACCAAGACCCUAG